AGCAACAAUGACUUCAGCUCAGCGUUUGAGAGAGUUAAUCAACGAGCGACUAACUGCUGCUGCUGAAGAAAUAUUCCGAGAUUUUCAAACAACUAUCUCAGAGUACGAAGAAGAGAUCAACCGUCAGCGCAGACUGCUGGAUAUCGUUUGGAAACCUGAAAUAAAGUUACACAGAAUAGAGCUCCCACAGCAACAUGUCUAUGAGGAGGAGGAGGUUCUCACUGACCAGCAGCUCUGUGACCAGGAGAGGAACUCAAGUCUGGACCAAGAGGAACCAGAGCCUCCACAGAUUAAAGACGAACCAGAGGAACCAGAUGAAGAUCAGACUCUGGACUUGAGUCCUGAUGCAACUCAGAUUGACAAGUCUACCACUUUAAAGAUUCACAAUAAUACUUUGACAGGGAAACAGUGUUUUGAAUGUGACACUUGUGGGAAAUCAUUUGUGGUCAAGGCCAAUUUGUUCAGACAUCUCAAAGUCCAUACAGGUGAGAAGCCAUAUACAUGUGACACUUGUGGGAAAAAAUUCUCUAAGCUGGACAAAUUAAAAGUUCACAAGAGAGUCCAUACAGGUGAGAAGCCUUAUCCAUGUAACACUUGUGAAAAAAGAUUCUCUAAUCUAGACAACUUAAAAGUGCACAUGAGAACACACACAGGUGAGAAGCCGUACCCAUGUAACACUUGUGAAAAAAGAUUCUCUAAGAAGGACAGCUUAACAGUGCACAUGAGAACACACACAGGUGAGAAGCCAUACAAUUGCAAAACUUGUGGGGAGAAGUUCAGACAUACUCAGCACUUGAAGAUUCACAUGAGAACACACACAGGUGAUAAGCCGUAUCCAUGUAACACUUGUGAGAAAAAAUUCUCUACGCAGGACAGCUUAAAAGUGCACAUGAGAACACACACAGGUGAGAAACCGUACAAUUGCAAAACUUGUGGGAAAAAGUUCAGACAUAAUCAGCACUUGAGUAAACACAUGAAAACACACACAGGUGAGAAACCGUAUCCAUGUGAUACCUGUGGGAAAAGAUUUUCUCAGAUCAACGCAGUAAAAAAACACAUGAGAACACACACAUGAGAACACACAGGUGAGAAGCCAUACAAAUGUAAAACGUGUGGGACAAAGUUCAGAUAUGAUUGUCA